UCAGACCGGCCCAUCUCUUCAACCUUCACGUCUCCCAACCUUCAAAGUGAUUUCUUCCCACCCACCUCAGAUCUUGUACCUUUUCUAUUUUAAGCUCCCAAGAACAAAGUCCAAAUGCUUGGCUGUCAACUUCAUCCACUCUGGGCCCCUCCUCUCUUCCCUUCGUUCAUUAGCAGCAUAUCUCAUCUAGGCUCUGGGCCUCCAGCAGGGAAUAAAGCAGACAAAUUUCCUGCCCUCAUGCUGCUUACAUUCCACUGGGACAGAAGGAUCAGAUCGUCUGUGAACAAGUAAGACUGUUCCGUGUUCCAUCACUCUUCCAAGCUUCCACCACAGGAUCUGUUCAGGGUUCCUGAGCCAGCAACAGGUCCCACAGCUCCACACAUUUGCAGAUACUGUUCCCUCUGCCUAGAGCACUUCUGUUUCCCCCUGAAGAACUCCCUUGUCCUUCAAGCCUCUGCUCAGCUUUGCCAGGGGGAGUUCUUCUCAACUACCUCAGGUAGAGGUGGCUGCUUCGGGCACCUUAUAUGCAUGCUGUUCCAGCACAGAUUACCAGAAUCCUGAGGCCCAAGAUGAGGCCAGUUCCCACCCCAGCCCCAGGGAAGCCUUCAGGUGACACAUACUCCCUCCUCCUGUUCUGUUCCUGCCAACAGAGAGACGUCAGACUUGGCAAGGCCUCUGUACACGUCCAUAGCCUCCAGCGGUCAGACUCACUGCUGAUGCCUUCGAUGAUAUCACACCGGCACACCUCCCAGGGCCCAGGCUGCGCUCCACCCAGGCGGAGAGGAUGCGCAAGGCAGCAUUUGUACACAGGAGCCUGGAGUCGCAGGAAACGAGUCUGAAUUUGAAGCCAGAUGGUCCCACCCUAGAAGUUGCCAUCUUAACUAUUAUCCUAUACUGUUCUGCCUUAUAAAGCCAUGACUCCUUCGGGUGUUCUUCUUCUGCUGCUCCUUUUCCUUACUCCUCUCUCAGCUCUGCCCGAAAUGAAGCUCUCUAUCAAGCCAUCGACGAGUUCUAAUUGGUCAGUUCUGCGUGAGAAGCCCCGUCCACAGCCAGAUGGGUGCCUCUGGCAGGAAGCAUAUGAUUGGGCACAUGUGUCAGGAGUUCUGGGUGCCGAUGAGAAUCACCAGCCUUCCUCUGCAGCCUCCACCUUGCCCCUCAGAGACAGGCAUGACCCUGCUCUUUGUACUGGGCUGCAUUUUCUUUCCGCUGAGUUUUGCUAUCCUCUGCUGGGGCCUGCAGAACCACUCCAACCUGCGGAUGGACAGACCAGAGGCUGUUUUGGUGGCAUCCAAGCUAGUGUCCUCUGUCCAAGCCGUCAUGGCCUCCACAGCUGGCUACAUCGUCUCCACCUCCUGCAAGCACAUCAUUGAUGACCAACACUGGCUUUCCUCUGCCUACACGCAAUUUGCAGUGCCCUACUUCAUCUAUGACAUCUACGCCAUGUUCCUGUGUCAUUGGCACAAGCACCAGGUCAAGGGGCAUGGAGGGGACGAAGGGGGGGCCCGAGCUCCGGGCAGCACCUGGGCCGUGGCGCGCGGCUAUCUGCACAAGGAGUUCCUCAUGGUGCUCCACCACGCCGUCAUGGUGCUCGUAUGCUUCCCGCUGUCUGUGGUGUGGCGUCAAGGCAAGGGAGAUUUCUUUCUAGGCUGCUUGCUGAUGGCUGAGGUCAGCACCCCCUUCGUCUGCCUUGGCAAGAUCCUCAUCCAGCUUCCUCUGCUGCCGGGUGCUGCUCUUCCCCUACCUGUACUGGGCCUACGGGCGGCACGCCGGCCUGCCUCUGCUUGCGGUGCCUCUCGCCAUCCCGGUGCACGUCAACCUGGGCGCCGCGCUGCUCCUGGCCCCCCAGCUCUACUGGUUCUUCCUCAUCUGCCGCGGGGCCUGCCGCCUCUUCCGGCCCCGGGGCUCCCCGCCUCGGUCUCCAUGUCAGACCCAGGACUGAGGGUGGGGCCGGGGACCCGCCCCACCCCGCCCCUUGGGGACUGGGCUCUGGGGCUGCCAGGCAGCGGGUGGGAGCCAGGGGCCUCUUGCCCUGACAGCCCCUAACAGAUGGACUCCAGGGGGGUGGGACAUCUCCCCUCAGGGGCAGAGGGGCAGGGAUCAGGUGAAAAGGCAGGCAGGGAGGGGGAGCCUCUUCCCCCAGCAGUGCCUGAGCUGAAGGUAGCAAACCCCUUCCUGCGCACCCUUUCUCCCAUUACCAACCUUGGGGCCCUGGGGAAGCAAAGGACAGAGGAAGGGCUAGGGCCAUGGGGAGACUGACUCAAGGGGACUGGGACUCAGAGAAUGUGGGGGAGGCCUGUCACCAAGGCCAUCCCAGCCCCCUGCUGCAGACUCCUCUCGGUUCCCCACCAUCCAGGAGGGAGGGGGACACCCUAACUCACCCCCCCUCCCCCGCAGGCCUUGCUUGGGGCUAGCUGCCUCCACUGCUCCUUGGGGAGGCCAGCCUGAGGAAUCUUAUUUAUUUUAUUUAUUUGCCCAAAUUCAUACUAAUUUGUGGGGGUGGGGGGAGGGAGGUGGCUGCUACCCCCAACCUUCCCAGUGCUGAGCAAUCCCGGGGGCAGGUGAGGGGGAGCCCCAUCCCUUCCCAAUUAGGCUGCACAUCUUGCCCUCAGGCCCUGGCAUGUCCCUGGUGCUACAGACCUCUCAAGGCUUCCUCCAGUCUGGGGUCAGGGGACCCUGGGAGGUGCUUUACAGACCGCUAAUAAAGACGAUCUGAUCUGCGUGAACGCCA